GUUAACAACGGUAGCGAAAAUAGCGCGGGCUUGGUGACUCGUUCUAAUGGGAAAUUCCCCUUACUAUAGGCGCAAGGUUUACAACAAUCACUGAAAGCGAAUCAAGGAACCAGUUUGCGAUGCCCGUACCACGUAUUUUCGCUAUCCAAACAUUUAGAUCACGAGUUAUGGUGUUCUAUAAGUUCAGUGAAUACCAAAGGUUCCUAAUGUAUAAUUAUUUUUGAGUAAAGUAAACGAUCAGAAAUGUAACAAUCAUUACUCACAUAUUGCAGGGGUCGAUGUAUUAGUAUUCACUUGUGCAGAUUCUUAAUGGAUGGCAGUUGCAUUGUAACGCGACAACGUUUUGAAUGUCUUGGAUAAACCACAUUUAUAUGAAUGUAGUCACAUAUCUUCAUCGUGUUGUGUGAACGAAAACAAAGCAAAGCCUUUUACGUGAUCGAUAUAUACUAUACUUGAAACCGAAAGAAAAGGUACGCAAAUUUUUAUGCAGCCUAUGUGAAACUACGAUCGAUGUAACAUCAUUUGUUUCACCAUAUGAAAUACAUAAUGGAUAGCAACAACACAGAGACAUAUGCAUGUUUUCUUUGUGAAGUCUCAGGAUUAACAUCGUCAGCAAUGAAGAACCAUAUAGAGGAGUUUCAUGGUGCUGGAUGUAGUAGUACUCAAAAGUUAUGUUUUGAGUGCAUUAUUUGUGAUUUUAAAGCAGAAUCUAGAUAUAAGAUUCAGUGUCACAUCACAGCUGAACAUUCAGAGGAAAAUAUUUGCCCAUUCUGUGAUCUGAACUGUGGAGACAGUGGUGGGUUAAGUUCUCACUUAAAUGUAGAACACACACAAAGCCUGCUGAAAGUUUACUCUGAUGACUAUGUUGAUCAUCAUGACCACAAGGAAAAAAGAUUUAGAAAUAAUCAUGAAUCCUGCAAAAAAAUAAAGCAAGCAACUAAUUCUGAACAGGUAGAGAAUGAAAUGGAAGUUUAUAAUCAAGUUGAAACUGAUGUUACAGAUCCAAAUUUUAAUCAAGUGUCAGAUACAAGUUUAAGGCUAACUGACUGUCCUGGUGGUUCAAGAACUGAGCUGGAGAUUCAAGGGCAAACAAUUUCUCAUUAUUGAUGCGGAGGCCAAUGAAGAGAGGAAUGAUGUGUUAUUCACCAAAGAGACAAAUGAAAGAAGCCAAAGAAGUGGAACAUACAGUAAUCACACCAAGAGUUUCAGCUCAUUGCCUAAAGAAAGUUGUGGUACUGUUGAUGUCAACCUGAUGACAAUAGAUUCAGAUGAGAAUACUGCUGCUCAGAAACUGGAAGAUCACAUUUGCAGUGGGGCUUCACCAGGGAAUGAAGCAAUCCUGAAACCAUCACUGGAAAGCAUUCAGCACAGCGCUAUUGCUUCAUCCAAAAGCGAAGAGACAGUUCCCACUUCUUACAGCAUUGUUGUGCCAGGAGGCAGCAAGCAUGAAGACAGUCCACUUUAUGACUGUCCCUUGUGUCCUUUUCAAACAGCUUCAGAGGGGCAAAUUGUCCAGCAUUUUAACAAUGAGCAUAAUUUUUUAGAGGAUGGUGCUACUGACUUUGAGAAUCCUUUGUUGUAUUCCUGCCCAAUGUGUUGUACUGGGUUUGACAGUCCUAAAGAUCUCUCAGAUCAUGUUGAUAAGAGCCAUUUGGAUGAAGAUCAGCAAGAGAAUAUCUCUCAAGGCCAAACACAUAGGGUUAGUAAUGCAGAAAAUGUGAAUGGACUUAAAAAGAAAACCUUGGAUCAGCACAGUGGGAAAAGAAGUAGUAACAAUAGUACUAGCAGCCUUAGAAAAGGACGUCUGGAGUGCAUGGUAUGUGGGAUAGUCAUGGAUCAUGAAGACCAGAAUCUUAUGGCAAAGCAUGUGGACAAACAUUUCCAGUCUGCAUCUCGUGAAGAUUCUGACUGGCAAUUUGCACAGAAACUGCAGUCUGAGGAACAGCAGAGAGUUCAGGUUGAUGCAAAUCAGUUAGAACAGCAAAAGACUAAGUAUGGAAUGAAUACCAGACUGACAGCCAGACAGCAGUUUGAUCGAGACCUCGAGCGGGCUGUCAGUGCAGGCAGCAUGACUGUUAGUGAGUUCCUUGAACGUAAAGCAUCUCAGACAAAGAGCAGUCAGUCAGGUGUUGAUGAUGGAUACACACGGGUAACAGGCGUCAUACAAAAGCUGAUGACCUACUAUGUGAGUGGUAGCCGUCCACGCAAUGUUUCCCGCACCUAUCUGUGCUCCCCUCUUCACCACUAUAGCAGUUCAUUUGGUGACAGAGGCUGGGGCUGUGGCUAUCGUAAUUUUCAGAUGCUGCUGUCUUGCUUGAUGACUGAUGCCACAUACCUAAACGUACUCUUUAAUGGUCAACCUAAGAUGCCCUCCAUUCUCAAACUGCAGCAGCUUAUAGAAAAUGCAUGGAAGGAAGGCUUUGACCCUCAUGGCUCGAUGCAGCUUGAGGGAAGAGUGGUUAACACAAGGAAGUGGAUUGGUGCAACAGAGAUUGUGGCUGUUUUAUCAUCAUUGCAUGUUAAGUGCCAGCUCCUUGAUUUCAAUGCUCCUUCAGGCAAAGACAACACACAUCCUGUUAUGAUAAACUGGGUCAGGGCCUAUUUCAAAGACUCCAAUAACUUCAAACCACCAUUGUAUCUGCAGCAUCAAGGUCACAGCAGAACCAUCAUUGGAGUGGAAGAAUUGCACAAUGGCAGUUGUAACCUUUUACUCUUUGACCCCGGAACACAAAAAUCUCGAAUGGAGCUUUUUCAUGGCAAAAUUGACUAUAACACCAUGCAAACAAUAAGGCGGGGACUUCAUGCUUUCCGAGCUCUCCAGUACCAGAUUGUGGCUGUAGUGGGUUUACUGAAUGAUACUGAAUUUCAGGUUUACAAGAUUAUGCGAUCACAGAGACUUAGCUGAUAAGGCUGUUUGGAACAGUGAAUGGCAUCAUUCAGUUAUAAGAGUAUGAACUAUUUGUGACUCUCACACAUACACACACAGAGCCAUAUAAAGCACAGUAUACAAAUAGUAAUAAUAAUCAAAUUUGUAGAGUGCAUUUUCCAAUUUGGAGGCAAGCUCACUACUCUGUGUAUGAGAGCGUUAAGUGUAGUUGGCUACUUGGCCCUGAAAUGCUAUAAUAAUGUGAUGGAUACUUUCUGUGAAGUUUGCUUGGGUGAUGCCUUUUACAGGCAAGACAUUUCAGUGUCCAUCAUCAUAACAACAUGUGAAUAAUUUCCCAGAGGCAGGAUAUGGUGGACUGUUGCUAAGAACUCUCAUUCUGCUACACAUAUGAUAGUACUUUGCUGUUGCUACCAAAUCUUACUUAAAGAAGAAUAAUUAAAAAUUCACUGCUGGUGAAUUCAAGUCCUUUUAGUUCUUUUGUUUUUUUAAAAUUUAUUUAAUAUAAUUGUGCAUUUAUUUAUGCACAUUACAAAGUAUUGAACUAUAUCUUCUUAUAUUUUUAUUGUGUAUAUUUUGUGGGUAGUUGAACUGCUUUCCCCUCUAUCCAAACAUGUUUUUUGUUUUAUAAUAACUUUCUUUCCUUAGUAAUGCUUUAGAUCAGGUCACAGUCUGUAUGACAUUAAAAAUACUGAGCAACAGUAACAUGCUGACACGAAACACAUUUAGUCACUGAGCCACAGGUUGAAGAGUACGUACAGGUAAUGAAAGUUAAAGUGCGACAUUAAGUGUUAAAGAAUACAUAAUAAGUAACCAUGUAGAACUGGAUCGUAUUAAUGUAAUAAUAGUUAACUGAUGAGUACAAAAUAUCAAGUAUAAUAUUUUAAUUGCAAUAUUUUUGAAACAUAUUUUCAGUGAGCAUUUGAAUUUUGCCUUUGACUCAGAGUAACAAAUGUGGCAUGGAAGAGACUUACACUGUCUUAUAAACCAACAUUAUUCCUCACCAUUUUGGUGGUUUUUAAGGCAUUUGCUUGGAAUGUAAUCCAAAAAUAACUGCAUCUUUUACUGAUUCUGUAUUACAUAUUCACCUCCUUUGAUGUAAGGGAAAGGUAUUCAGACAAGUUGAGAAAUGAUGAUUAUUCACUCAUUCUGUUACAUGAAAAUGCAAUAGCAUUGAAGAAUUCGAUGUUUAAAAUACUCAGUUAAUAUCAGCUCACAAACUGAAGAGGCGCUGAGAAAAGGAUUUGCAUGUGCAUUUGCCUUUGACCAGCAGGUGAAAAUUUGUAACCCAGGAAUUGUGCCUUAAAUAUCCUACUCAUAAGCAUGUUAGGUAAGGGUUGAUGACAAGAAUGUGUUUUGCUUGGUCAUUUGCCUACAAGAGUAUUCUCACAAUAACUACAUUUAUACGAUAUUGGUGCAAUCUCAGUGCGUGUGCGUGCAUAUACAAAAGAAAGAUUUUUAUUUUUAAGUAUAACAAUAUAUUUAAAUACUAUAUCUUUUGUUUUGACUGGUUCAAACUGUGUAGUCUGGAAUUUAUAGCAGUAAAUAUUUAGCAUACAAAUAAUUAAUUGCGAAGAGAACAUUUGAAAUUUUGAUAAAAUGUUAGGAAGGAUUCACGAUGGAAAAAGUUAUUCAGGGGAACAGCUGGAGACAUUCUUUUCUGUAUCAGUGAAAGAAAUGUGGAAAUGUUAAUAGCUCUUCUUUGAGUGAAAUUAUUUUCUUAAAACUUAGUUAUUGUAGAUGUUUGUAUGUGUUGUUUGAAGGGAGCAUAAGAGAGCAACUAACAGCAAGAAAAUUAACACACAGAUUUGCCCUGGAUAUUAUUGCACCUAGGGAUAAUUUUUACACAUACUUGUACUUGCAAAACCAAGAUGUGCACAAGAAAUGACUUUGUAUAGUUUUCCAAUACCAUGCUGCAGCAAAAUCGCAAAGUUUGUGAAAAAAAGCUUUUGUAUGAAGUUGCUUUCAUUGGUUGCAAGAAGAGUCAAAAUGCUGUCAUUGGAUUGUAUAAAGCUUACAACUAAUCAUUACUUCUUAAAAAUAUAGAUGAAAUGUCUUAUUUUAUGUACAAAAAUGCAAAACAUCCCAAAACAAAUUGAGCAUUAAUCAACUCCAAGUGUCCCCUUACUUGUCAUGUACUAUUAGAAAAUUUAAUUCUGGUUAAGACAGCAGCAUCUGAUGGUUAUGAAACACACCUGUGCAUUCUUGUCCCCAGGAAUUUUUGUUACAAAUGAGCAGGCAAUUAUACUGUGUACUUAAAAAAAAAUAACAGAAGAAAAAUGACAAUGACUUCAGGGAAGAAGCUACUUAUGGUGGUCAUUCUAUUGCAUUUUCCAUUGAUGUCAUGAUGCAGCGAUGACAAGAUCAAUUAAGUCGCUGCAGAUUACUGCAUUCUCAUUAGAUAUAAUGGGCACCUUUUUUCAUUUAUUAAAAUAUGUUUAGAUCCUUG